UUAAUGGAGGCAGAAGGACCCCCGGAGUCAGAGAGUUCAAACAAAUCAGUAGUUUUCUCACAGCAAGAAGAAGCUGAAGAAUCAGAGGAAACAUGCACUGUGAACCCCCUCUUGGAGCCUGCUCUCACAGGAAAUGUGGAAGGUCUGCAGAAGAUAUUUGAGGAUCCUACCAAUCCUCAUCAUGAACAGGCCAUGCAGCUACUCUUGGAAGAAGAUGUCGUUGGGAGAAAUUUGUUGUACGCAGCUUGUAUGGCUGGACAGAGUGAUGUGAUUAGAGCUUUGGCAAAAUAUGGUGUGAAUCUGAAUGAAAAAACUACCAGAGGCUACACACUCUUACACUCUGCUGCAGCCUGGGGUCGACUGGAAACUUUGAAAGCAUUAGUGGACUUGGAUGUUGAUAUAGAAGCUCUGAACUUUCGAGAUGAAACAGCACGAGAUGUUGCUGCCCGAUAUGACCAGACUGAGUGUGUGAAAUUCCUGGACUGGGCAGGUGCAAAGCUGACUCUGAAAAAAUAUAUUGCCAAGGUCUCUGGUGCGGUUACAGACACAGAAAAGGGACGUGGAAAACUCUUUAAGGAACACAAGAAUACCAUCUUGAAUGCAUGCCGUGCAAAAAACGAGUGGCUAGAAGCCCAUUUGGAUGCUUCCAUCAGUGAACUUUUUGAACAGAAGAAACAUUUGGAAGAUAUUGUGACUCCUAUUUUCACAAAAAUAUCCACACCACGUCCAGUGAAAAGUGCCAAAUCCUAA